UAAGACAAUAAGUCCGAAGUUUAAAAAAUGUGCCAAGAUGUAUUUCCAAACAAGUGUUUGGAAAGUAGGAUUGGUGUCACCACCUGCCAUAAGUGCCAUUUCUUAGACACCAACAUUUUUUACAAACACCACCCAAAAAAAAAGGUGGAGAGACUACAACAAUAUGUCACUACUUCUGGUGGCGACAUAACAUUGAAUAGACUACUUUGUUUUCCUAAAGCAACCAUAAUACUGAAAAAUAUACUUGAGGUACAGUUGACUAGAGGACGCUUUCUCCCCCCCCCACCUCUACUGUAUAAAACAGCUGAACAAUUGGAACUAUGGCCC